AUGGACCCUGCCCCUCCUCUACCUCCACCACACCACUCUGCUCUGGACCCUCGGCCUCCUGAGCCCUUUCUGACUGGUUUCUUCUCCAUUCUGCCCCAGGGCCUGAACAGCAUGUUCGAGGUGUACCUGGUGGGGAACAAUUCCCAGCACUUCAUCAUCUCCCCCACCUCUGUCCAAGGGAAGGCAGACAUUCGCAUCCGGGUGGCCGUCCCCCUGGACUAUGAGACUGUGGACCGCUAUGACUUUGACCUCUUUGCCAACGAGAGUGUGCCUGACCACGUGGGCUAUGCCAAGGUGAAGAUCACCCUCAUCAACGAGAAUGACAACCGGCCCAUCUUCAGCCAGCCACUGUACAACGUCAGCUUGUACGAGAACGUCACCGUGGGGACCUCUGUGCUGACAGUCCUGGCAACAGACAAUGACGUGGGCACCUUUGGGGAAGUCAACUACUUCUUCAGCGAUGACCCUGACCGGUUCUCUCUGGACAAGGACACAGGGCUCAUCAUGCUCAUCGCCAAACUGGACUAUGAGCUCAUCCAGCGCUUCACCUUGACAGUCAUUGCCCGGGAUGGGGGUGGUGAGGAGACCACAGGCCGGGUCAGGAUCAACGUGUUGGACGUCAACGACAACGUGCCCACCUUCCAGAAGGAUGCCUAUGUGGGGGCCCUGAGGGAGAACGAGCCUUCUGUCACCCAGCUGGUGCGGCUCCGGGUGGUGGCCAUCGACCUGGACGAGGGCCUGAACGGGCUGGUGUCCUACCGCAUGCAGGUGGGCAUGCCCCGCAUGGACUUCCUCAUCAACAGCAGCAGGGGUGUGGUGGUCGCCAGCGCGGAGCUGGACCGCGAGCGCAUCGCCGAGUACCAGCUGCGCGUCGUGGCCAGCGACGCGGGCACGCCCCCCAAGAGCUCCACCGGCACGCUCACCAUCCGAGUGCUGGACGUGAACGACGAGACGCCCACCUUCUUCCCCGCCGUGUACGAUGUCUCCGUGUCCGAGGACGUGCCGCGGGACUUCCGGGUGGUCUGGCUGAACUGCACGGACAAUGACGCGGGCCUCAAUGCCGAGCUCAGCUACUUCAUCACAGGUGGAAACGUGGAUGGGAAGUUCAGUGUUGGCUACCGUGAUGCUGUUGUGAGAACAGUAGUAAACCUGGACCGGGAGACCACAGCCGCGUACACGCUCGUCCUGGAGGCCAUCGACAAUGGCCCCGUAGGUAAGCGGCGCACAGGGACGGCCACCGUGUUCGUCACCGUCCUGGACGUGAACGACAACCGGCCCAUCUUUCUACAGAGCAGCUACGAGGCCAGCGUCCCCGAGGACAUCCCUGAGGGACACAGCAUUGUGCAGGCAGGUGGCCGUAGCCCCCUGGGGCAGCUGGAAGAGAGCACCUAG